ACACCAAAGUAGCCGACUGCAGAAAGACAUUGUUCUAGCUAUCGCUGCAAUCGCUGUUCGCUUCAAUAUUCACGCCGACAGAAAAGGGAUUUUCGGGCGGCAGAUAUCGGUUGAGUCUCACAGAAACUCGUUUUUAUAUUCGAGGGUGGAACUGCAUUGUCCCUGCAUUUAUGAGACAAGGUAGACUCCAGACAGAGGUGCCCCCUACUCACCACAGUGAUAUGGAGGAUGAGUGGACACCCAGUCUGGAGAGGAAAGCUCCAGCACCAGCAAACCUGACACCUUCCACAGUAAAAUCAUCAGAAGCCCAGGCUCCUGUUCACUCACUGCUCUGUAUAAAGACAGAGGAGAGUGCAGGAGAUUUUCAGAAGGUUUCUGAACCCAUUCUAGAGGAUGAAUUGAAGCUAGAAGAGAUAACUAGAGAAAUUCAGGAUGUGAAGACCGAGGCCUGUACCACCUCAGAUGCGGAAGGGAUAUUGGUCUCUGUACACCAUAGCACCCCUAUGGACCAACAGAUUGGAACAGUCCGGAAGAAGCCCAGAUCCCAUAGAUCAGAAAGGAAGGACGGCCAAUCUCAAGUCUUUUCCUGCUCCGUGUGUCAACUUUCCUGCACAGCUCAAAAUUACCUCCACAAACACAUCAGUAGAUGCCACGUUGAGGAGUACGUCAGAUUGCUGAAAUCAGGAGGAAUUAAAAAUGAAAAUGUGGCGCCCCAAAAAAGCUUGAUUACUCCACAAACAUCCUCUGAUACUCUUCACACCAACACACUUCACAGACAUUCACAGAAUGAUAUUGAAAACGAGAGAACUCACCACUGCUCAGAGUGUGGAAAGAGUUUUACUAGACAGAGUAGCCUCCAACAACACCAGCGCUUUCACACAAGAGAGAAGCCGUAUCACUGCUCAGAGUGUGGCAAGAGUUUUACUACAAAAGUUAUUCUCCAAAGACACCAGCGCAUUCACACAGGAGAGAAGCCGUAUCACUGCUCAGAAUGUGGCAAGAGCUUUACUGUGUGGAGUGCUCUUCACACACACCAGCGCAUUCACACAGGAGAGAAGCCGUAUUACUGCUCAGAGUGUGGGAAGAGCUUUACUACAAAGGGUGGUCUCCAAAGACACCUGCGCAUUCACACAGGAGAGAAGCCAUAUUACUGCUCAGAGUGUGGUAAUAGAUUUAUUGGACAGAGUCAUCUCCAAAGACACCAGCGCAUUCACACAGGAGAGAAGCCGUAUCACUGUUCAGAAUGUGGAAAUGGUUUUAAUACACAGCAGAAUCUUCGCACACACCAACAUACUCACACAGGUGAGAAGCUGUAUCACUGCUCAGAGUGUGGGAAGCGUUUUAGUAGACAGAGUCUUCUCCAACAACACCAGCGCAUUCACACAGGAGAGAAGCCAUAUCACUGCUCAGAGUGUGGAAAAAGUUUUACUCUACGGAAUACUCUCCAAAAUCACCAGCGCAUUCACACAGGAGAGAAGCCGUAUCACUGCUCAGAAUGUGGAAAGAGUUAUAUUACACAGCAGAAUCUUCGCACACACCAACAUACUCACACAGGAGAGAAACCAUAUCACUGCUCAGAGUGUGGGAAGAGUUUUAUUAGACAGAGUCAUCUCCAACGACACCAGCGCCUUCACACAGGAGAAAAGCCAUAUCACUGCUCAUAGUGUGGAAAGAGUUUUACUUCAUGGAAGACUCUUCACACACCAGCACAUUCAGACAGGAGAGAAGCCGUAUCACUGCUCAGAGUGUGGGAAAAGUUUUAUGUGGAGUGCUCUUCACACACACCAGUGUGUUCACACAGGAGAAAAGUCUUUUAACUGUUCAGAGAGUGGGAAGAGCCAUACUGUACAGAGUUCUCCAAAGACAUGAGCACAUUCACACAGUGAACUGUAUCACUGCUUAGAGUGUGGGAGGAGCUUCAUUUUUUUUGAGUACUUUAAAGAAACACGUAUGCAGUAAUUGCCUGUGAAAACCCUCUCAAUACAUCCAAAAGAGGGUAUGCUGUUAGAUCCUGCAGCCUAUCUGUCUUCAGGCACACAAUACAAGGUCUCUGCUUAUCAGUCAUGACAUGGCAGCUUGACCGUUAUCUGGUCGCCCGAGGUCAUCCGCUUCCUCUUCUUGUCUCCUUUACCCCUCCCUUUCUCUUUCUCUCUCUCUCUGUCUCUCUCUAAGCACAGGAGUGGCUCAUGGCGGGCACGGGAACAGCUCGUGGCUUGUUAAUGCAGAGAAAAUCCAAUCUUUACUAACCAUGUCUCUUUCCUUUCUACGUAGAUCCUUAGAACAUGCCUCACUUUUCCCCGUCAUCCUGUAGAUUUAGAUAGUAGAUA